AUGGUAGAGAGUAACAUCGAAAUUUUACAACAUCAGCAGAGUCCUUUUGCUCCUAAUGUCAAUGUAAAUACCAAUGCUCCUGUGAAUACAACACAACAACAUCAUCACAAGAAAAUCACUGAGGGAGAAGCUGAUUUAUACCUUGAUCAGUACAAUUUUACCACAACUGCAGCUAUCGUAGGUUCAGUAGAUCGUAAAGUGUUUGUGCUUUUACGUGAUGGUAAGAUGCUAUUCGGUGUACUAAGAACUUUUGAUCAAUACGCCAAUCUCAUACUAGAACAUUGUGUGGAAAGGAUAUACUUUACUGAAAAGAACAAGUAUGCAGAGGAAUACAGAGGUCUAUUCAUGGUACGUGGUGAAAAUGUCGUUAUGUUAGGUGAAGUUGAUAUCGAUAAGGAGGAUCAACCAUUGGAAACGAUGGAACGUAUUCCUUUCAGAGAUGCCCUAAAGGCAAAACAGAUCCACGAUGAGUCAAGAUUUAAGCAAGAAACCAUCAAGGGCAAACAAUUGGCUCGCUACGGUAUACUUUAUGACUUCCAUAAAUCGGAUAUGUACUAG